GGCGCCGCCGCCGCCAUCUUCUCGCCGAGGCCGCCGCGCCCGCCGCGCCCGGCCGGCAGCGCACGGGUUAAGGCUGGCACCGCGCCCGGCGGGAGGGGGGGCGCCCACCUCCCCUCCCCCCCCACCCCGCGCCGGGCAUGCGGGGCCCGCCGGGCACCGAGGACGAGCCGCCGCGGCUGUUCGCGGACGAGAUGGAGAACGAGGACGAGAUGUCAGAGGAGGAAGACGGCAUCCUGGGGGGCUUUGAGGAUUUCUUUGCCGAGGAGCCCGUGAGCCUCCCCAAGAAGAAGAAAGCCCGAAAACCCAAGGAGAACAGGUCCAAGGGGAAGCGGAAGAAGAAGGAGGGGAGCAAUGACGAGCUGUCAGAGAAUGAGGAGGUGCCAGGAGGGAAGUCUGAGAGCGAGGGCAGUGACUACUCCCCGACCAAGAAGAAGAAGAAGAAGCUCAAGGAGAAGAAGGAGAAGAAGGCCAAGCGCAGGAAGAAGGAGGAGGAGGAGGAGGACGGCGAGGACGGGGGCCUCAAGGAACCCAAGUCAUCUGGGCAGCUCAUGGCCGAGUGGGGCCUGGACGACGUGGACUGCCCGUUCUCGGAGGAGGACUACCGCACACUCACCAACUACAAGGCCUUCAGCCAGUUCCUCAGGCCCCUCAUUGCCAAGAAGAACCCGAAGAUUCCCAUGUCCAAGAUGAUGACCGUGCUGGGCGCCAAGUGGCGGGAGUUCAGCGCCAACAACCCCUUCAAGGGCAGCUCAGCGGCAGCAGCGGCGGCGGCGGUGGCGGCAGCCGUGGAGACGGUCACCAUCGCCCCACCACUGGCCAUCAGCCCCCAGCAGCCGCCCCAGCCCGUGCCCAUCCGCAAGGCCAAGACCAAGGAGGGGAAGGGGCCUGGCGUGAGGAAGAAGAUCAAAGGCUCCAAGGAUGCCAAGAAGAAAGGGAAGAAGAAGGUUCAGGGGCUCCGGCUCCGCCUCGGAGGGGGGGGCGGCAAGAGGAAGAAGGGGUCCUCGAGCGAGGAGGACGAGCGGGAUGAGUCCGACCUGGACAGUGCCAGCGUCCACAGCGCCUCGAUGCGCUCCGAGUGCUCCGCAGCCCUGGGCAAGAAGAACAAGAGGAGGCGCAAGAAGAAGAGGAUGGACGAUGGGGACGGUUACGAGACAGACCACCAGGACUACUGUGAAGUGUGCCAGCAGGGCGGCGAGAUCAUCCUGUGCGACACCUGCCCGCGUGCCUACCACCUCGUCUGCCUGGACCCCGAGCUGGAGAAGGCCCCGGAGGGCAAGUGGAGCUGCCCGCACUGUGAGAAGGAGGGGAUCCAGUGGGAGCCCAAAGAGGACGACGAGGAGGAGGAGGAGGGCGGCGGCGAGGAGGAGGAGGACGACCACAUGGAGUUCUGCCGCGUGUGCAAGGACGGGGGCGAGCUGCUGUGCUGUGACGCCUGCCCCUCCUCCUACCACCUGCACUGCCUCAACCCGCCGCUGCCCGAGAUCCCAAACGGUGAAUGGCUCUGCCCGCGCUGUACUUGUCCCCCACUCAAGGGCAAAGUCCAGCGGAUCCUGCACUGGCGGUGGACGGAGCCCCCUGCACCCUUCAUGGUGGGGCUGCCGGGGCCGGACGUGGAGCCUGGUGGCCCCCCGCCCAAGGCCCUGGAGGGCCUCCCGGAGAGAGAGUUCUUCGUCAAGUGGGCAGGGCUGUCCUACUGGCACUGCUCCUGGGUGAAGGAGCUGCAGCUGGAGCUGUACCACACGGUGAUGUACCGAAACUACCAAAGAAAGAACGACAUGGACGAGCCGCCACCCUUUGACUAUGGCUCUGGGGACGAGGAUGGGAAGAGCGAGAAGAGGAAGAACAAGGACCCGGUCCAGGCCAGGAUGGAGGAGCACUUCUACCGCUAUGGCAUCAAGCCCGAGUGGAUGCUGGUGCAUCGCAUCCUCAACCACAGCUUUGACAAGAAGGGGGACGUGCACUACCUGAUCAAGUGGAAGGACCUGCCCUACGACCAGUGCACCUGGGAGAUCGACGACAUCGACAUCCCGGACUACGACAGCCUGAAGCAGGCCUACUGGGGCCACAGGGAGCUGAUGCUGGGUGAGGACAACAGGCUGCCCAAGAAACUGGCCAAGAAGAGCAAGAAGCUCAAGGACGAGAAGCAGGAGAAGCCGACGGACACCCCCAUUGUGGAUCCCACGGUCAAGUUCGACAAGCAGCCGUGGUACAUCGACGCCACGGGCGGCACCCUGCACCCCUACCAGCUGGAGGGCCUCAACUGGCUGCGCUUCUCUUGGGCCCAGGGCACCGACACCAUCCUGGCCGACGAGAUGGGUCUGGGCAAGACAGUGCAGACCAUCGUCUUCCUCUACUCCCUGUACAAGGAGGGCCACUCCAAGGGGCCUUACCUGGUCAGCGCGCCCCUGUCCACCAUCAUCAACUGGGAGCGUGAGUUUGAGAUGUGGGCGCCCGACUUCUACGUGGUCACCUACACGGGGGACAAGGAGAGCCGCUCGGUGAUCCGCGAGAACGAGUUCUCCUUCGAGGACAACGCCAUCCGCAGCGGGAAGAAGGUGUUCCGCAUGAAGAAAGAGGUGCAGAUCAAGUUCCACGUCCUGCUCACCUCCUACGAGCUCAUCACCAUCGACCAAGCCGUCCUCGGCUCCAUUGAGUGGGCCUGCCUGGUGGUGGACGAGGCCCACCGGCUCAAGAACAACCAGUCUAAGUUCUUCAGGGUCUUGAACAGCUACAAGAUCGACUACAAGCUGCUGCUGACGGGGACGCCACUGCAGAAUAACCUGGAGGAACUGUUCCAUCUGCUGAACUUCCUCACGCCCGAGCGCUUCAACAACCUGGAGGGCUUCCUGGAAGAGUUUGCCGACAUCUCCAAGGAAGAUCAGAUCAAGAAACUGCAUGACCUGCUGGGGCCACACAUGCUGCGGCGGCUCAAGGCAGACGUGUUCAAGAACAUGCCGGCCAAGACGGAGCUCAUCGUCCGCGUGGAGCUGAGCCAGAUGCAGAAGAAGUACUACAAGUUCAUCCUGACGCGGAACUUCGAGGCGCUCAACUCCAAGGGGGGCGGGAAUCAGGUGUCACUGCUCAACAUCAUGAUGGACCUGAAGAAGUGCUGCAACCACCCCUACCUCUUCCCCGUGGCCGCCGUGGAGGCCCCAGUCCUCCCCAACGGCUCGUACGACGGUGGCUCCCUCGUCAGGUCGUCAGGGAAGUUGAUGCUGCUGCAGAAGAUGCUGAAGAGGCUGAGGGACGAGGGCCACCGCGUGCUCAUCUUCUCCCAGAUGACCAAGAUGCUGGACCUCCUGGAGGACUUCCUGGAGUACGAGGGCUACAAGUACGAGCGGAUCGAUGGUGGCAUCACAGGGGGACUCCGGCAGGAGGCCAUCGACAGAUUCAACGCCCCCGGAGCCCAGCAGUUUUGCUUCCUCCUGUCCACGCGGGCCGGUGGCCUGGGCAUCAACCUGGCCACGGCAGACACAGUCAUCAUCUAUGACUCAGACUGGAACCCCCACAACGACAUCCAGGCCUUCAGCCGUGCCCACCGCAUCGGGCAGAACAAGAAGGUGAUGAUCUACCGUUUCGUGACGCGGGCCUCGGUGGAGGAGCGCAUCACGCAGGUGGCCAAGCGCAAGAUGAUGCUUACGCACCUGGUGGUGCGGCCCGGCCUCGGCUCCAAGUCGGGCUCCAUGACCAAGCAGGAGCUGGACGACAUCCUCAAGUUCGGCACGGAGGAGCUCUUCAAGGACGAUGUGGAGGGCAUGGUGUCUCAGGGCCAGAGGCCUGUCACGCCCAUCCCUGAUCUCCAGUCCUCCAAAGGGGGAGCCCUGGCCGCCAGCGCCAAGAAAAAGCAUGGCAGCACCCCGCCAGGUGACAACAAGGAUGUGGAGGACAGCAGUGUGAUCCACUAUGACGACGCGGCCAUCUCCAAGCUGCUGGACCGGAAUCAGGACGCCACCGAUGACACGGAGCUGCAGAACAUGAACGAGUACUUGAGCUCCUUCAAGGUGGCGCAGUACGUGGUGCGGGAAGAGGAUGGAGUGGAGGAGGUGGAGCGCGAGAUCAUCAAGCAGGAGGAGAACGUGGACCCCGACUACUGGGAGAAGCUGCUGCGGCACCACUACGAGCAGCAGCAGGAGGACCUGGCGCGCAACCUGGGCAAGGGCAAGCGCAUCCGCAAGCAGGUCAACUACAACGACGCGACGCAGGAGGACCAGGAGUGGCAGGACGAGCUCUCGGACAACCAGUCUGAGUACUCCAUUGGCUCCGAGGACGAGGAUGAGGACUUUGAGGAGAGGCCGGAAGGGCAGAGUGGACGGCGCCAGUCCCGACGGCAGCUGAAGAGUGACCGGGACAAGCCACUGCCGCCUCUCCUUGCUCGUGUCGGCGGCAACAUCGAGGUGUUGGGCUUCAAUGCCCGGCAGCGCAAAGCCUUCCUGAACGCCAUCAUGCGCUGGGGUAUGCCCCCCCAGGACGCCUUCAACUCCCACUGGCUGGUUAGGGACCUGCGAGGCAAGAGCGAGAAGGAGUUCAGGGCCUACGUGUCCCUGUUCAUGCGGCACCUGUGCGAGCCAGGUGCCGACGGUGCCGAGUCCUUCGCCGACGGUGUGCCCCGCGAGGGCCUGUCCCGGCAGCACGUGCUCACGCGGAUCGGCGUCAUGUCCCUCGUCAGGAAGAAGGUCCAGGAGUUUGAGCACGUGAACGGGAAGUACAGCACCCCGGAUCUGAUCCCCGAAGGGCCCCAGGGCAAGAAGCCAAGCGAGGCCGUCUCCUCCGACCCCAACACCCCCGUGCCCGCCAGCCCUGCCUACCUCGCGCCCGGCCCGCUGGGUCUGCCAGACAAAAUGGAGGCCCCGCUGGGCUACCUGGACGAGAGGGAGCUGGGGGUGCAGAGGCCGAGGAAGCCUCCGGAAGCCCAGGCCCUGCCGACCUCACUGGACAGGGCGGAGACUGAAGACAAGCACGAGCGCCCCGAGGGGAAGGACCCGGCUCGAGAGGGGCACCCAGAAGAGCUGGAGAAGGCCCCGCCCUCCCCAGAGCCGCUGCCCAAAGAGGAGGCGCUUCCUGAGAAGGAGAGAAUCCUGGACAAGCUGGAGCUCAGCCUCCUGCACAGCAGGGGUGACGGCGGCGACUUCAGGCCAGAGGACUCCAGAGUGGGUGAGAAGGAGCCCCUGGAGGUCCAGCAGAACGGUGACAAGGAGGAGGAGGACGAGGGGAGGAAGGAGGAGCGGCUCGGGAAGUUCAAGUUCAUGUUCAACAUCGCAGACGGGGGCUUCACAGAGCUGCACACGCUGUGGCAGAAUGAGGAGCGUGCUGCCGUGUCCUCGGGGAAGAUCUACGACAUCUGGCACCGACGCCACGACUACUGGCUCCUGGCGGGCAUCGUGACGCACGGUUAUGCGCGCUGGCAGGACAUCCAGAACGACCCGCGCUACACGAUCCUCAACGAGCCCUUCAAGUCCGAGGUCCACAAGGGCAACUAUCUGGAGAUGAAGAACAAGUUCCUGGCCCGCAGGUUCAAGCUGCUGGAGCAGGCCUUGGUCAUCGAGGAGCAGCUGCGCAGGGCCGCGUACCUCAACAUGACCCAGGACCCCAACCACCCCGCCAUGGCCCUCAACGCCCGCCUGGCCGAGGUGGAGUGUCUGGCCGAGAGCCACCAGCACCUGUCCAAGGAGUCACUCGCGGGGAACAAGCCGGCCAACGCCGUCCUGCACAAAGUCCUGAACCAGCUGGAGGAGCUGCUCAGCGACAUGAAGGCCGACGUGACGCGCCUGCCCUCUAUGCUGUCGCGCAUCCCCCCGGUGGCCGCCCGCCUGCAGAUGUCGGAGCGCAGCAUCCUUAGCCGCCUGACCAACCGGGCCGGCGACCCCACCAUCCAGCAGGGCGCUUUCGGCUCCUCCCAGAUGUACAACAACUUUGGGCCCAACUUCCGGGGCCCCGGACCGGGAGGGAUCGUCAACUACAGCCAGAUGCCCCUGGGCCCCUAUGUGACUGAUACCUAGCCGUCCCUGGACAGCCCUCUGCCGCG